AUGCGGCAGGCUCAAAACCUUGAUCUGGUAACCUAUAUAGGUCUAGAUAGUAUAGACUUCCGUGAGACAUCUUUCUUUCGCGCCCGCUCCGAUGGGGAGCCGACUCCAGAACUACCUACGCCAGCGAUAGUUCGCGAAGCGCGCAUGGGGAAGACCCAAGGCAUCGCCGAAUUUCGAGCAGUCAAUCUAUUAGUUAAAUAUGGACCUUCUUCGUGCGUUCCACUAUACGAGGCUUUGGUUACAAUGUUUAUUCGUCAUCAAGUUGGCACCAAGGUUCCAGUUCCUGAAGUUUUUGGAUGGCGCGUUGAAGGAAAUUAUGUCUAUAUCUACCUUAGCUUGAUUCAAGGUCAAACCCUGGACUCAUGUUGGCGCUCUCUACAAGAAAGAGAGAAGGUAGCUAUCUCAGGACAACUCGGGGGAGUCAUCGCUACUCUCCAAUCUAUAACGCAGGACCCGGCUAGUGAAAUUGUUGGCUCAGUUCUUCGAGGACCAGUUCAAGAUAUGUACUUUCGCGGAGAGCCUGAAGCCGGCCCAUUCUCAGACGUCGCGGCCUUUAAUAACCGGAUCCAAUAUUUAGCUACUGGAGGCCGCCUGGACAAGCAAUCGGAUCCGUAUAGGCACCUACUGCGUGAUACAAGUAGGAUAUACUUUACUCAUGCCGAUCUUCACUUGGACAAUAUCAUCAUUGCUGGUCCUGUUGGGUCACGCUACAUCAAUGGUAUAAUCGAUUGGCGGCAAGCAGGCUGGUAUCCCGAAUUUUGGGAAUAUUGUAAAAUGCACAUCGGGGUGGACUAUGAGCACGAAUGGCGCACACUAGGAUGGAUCCAGCAAAUCACAAUGCCAUAUCAAACAGAGGCAGUCGCAAUGUUGGAGUAUUGGCAAUGGAGGAGUCCUUAG